AUGAUUAAUGCAGUACUCGUCUUCAACAACAAUGGCCAGCCACGCCUGACCAAGUUCUACACCCAGUUGACCCGCAAGCGCCUGCAACUUCCUCCCCCUCCCCCCCCACUCCUCUCCCAACAAGGUUCAUCCAACUCCUCCUCGGCCGGGCCCUCCGACGCCCCCACCCAAAUCACCUACCGCACCUAUGCCACGCUCUCAUUCAUCAUGAUCUCCACCUCAACAGAGUCCCCGCUCGCCCUAAUCGAUCUAAUCCAAGUCUUCGUCGAAUCACUGGACCGCAUGUUCGAGAAUGUCUGCGAGUUAGACCUGAUCUUCGGCUAUGAGACCAUGCACGCGGUAUUGAGCGAGAUGAUUGUCGGCGGCGUCGUUGUCGAGACUAAUACCGAGAAGAUCAUUGCUGGUGUGCGUAGCCAGGAGGGUACUACGGGCAAGAGGAGGGCUGUUCAGGCUGCGAGUACGAGUCUUGGGCGUGGAGCGCUGCCGGGACUGGGUGCUUGGCGGUGA